AGACCCAGGAGUCCAGGCCCCCAGCCCCUCCUCCCUCAGACCCAGGAGUCCAGGCCCCCAGUCCCUCCUCCCUCAGACCCGGAGUUCAGGCCCAGCCCCUCCUCCCUCAGACCCGGAGUCCAGCCUGAGCUCUCUGUCUUAUCCUGCCCUCAGGUGUUUGCCGCCUGGUCCUGGUCGUGCUGAGCCUGUGGCCAGAUACAGCUGUUGCCCCUGGGCCACCACCUGGCUCCCCUCGAGCUUCCCCAGACCCUCGGGCCGAGCUGGACAGCACCGUGCUCCUGACCCGCUCUCUCCUGGAGGACACACGGCAGCUGACUAUACAGCUGAAGGACAAAUUCCCAGCUGACGGGGACCACAACCUGGAUUCCCUGCCCACUCUGGCCAUGAGCGCGGGGGCACUGGGAGCUCUACAGCUCCCGAGUGUGCUGACAAGGCUGCGAGCGGACCUACUGUCCUACCUGCGGCAUGUGCAGUGGCUGCGUCGGGCAAUGGGCUCUUCCCUGAAGACCCUGGAGCCGGAGCUGGGCACCCUGCAGACCCGGCUAGACCGGCUGCUGCGCCGGCUGCAGCUCCUGGUAUGUCCUGUUCCCAAGACCUGACACCCCAGACCCCCACCCCGGCCCCAAGAUCCNNNGCUGGCGCCCCCCUCCUCAACCUGGGGGGGCAUCAGGGCCGCCCACGCCAUCCUGGGGGGGCUGCACCUGACACUUGACUGGGCCGUGAGGGGGCUACUGCUGCUGAAGACUCGGCUGUGACCCGAGGCCCAGAGCCACCACCGUCCUUCCAAAGCCACAUCUUAUUUAUUUAUUUAUUUCGGUACUGGGGGCGAAACAGCCAGGUGAUCCCCCUGCCUUUGUCUCCCCCUAGUUAGAGACAGUCCUUCCGUGAGGCUGGGGGGCAUCUGUGCCUUAUUUAUACUUAUUUAUUUCAGGAGCGGGGGUGGGAGGCAGGUGGACUCCUGGGUCCCCGAGGAGGAGGGAGCUGGGGUCCCGGAUUCUUGCGUCCACAGACUUCUGCCCUGGCUCCUCCCCCUCGAGGCCUGGGCAGGAAUACAUACUAUUUAUUUAAGCAAUUACUUUUCAUGUUGGGGUGGGGAGGGAGGGGAAAGGGAAGCCUGGGUUUUUGUACAAAAAUGUGAGAAACCUUUGUGAGACGGAGAACAAGGAAUUAAAUGUGUCAUACAUA